AUUUAAUACUAUUUCCAGAGUAUUUAAUAUGCCUGUAAGGUUGGACUUCAGAGUAGUGGAGUCUACUAGUCAGGAUGACGGGUUUAGUCAUUCUAACAUUCUAGAAAUUGGACCACAGAGUAAAGGCUGGCUGUCAAGCAAGUACUCCAUCUAUCCUCAAUCUUUGGUACUUCUCCUAAGUACUCCAGCACAGAUCGAACAAAUACAGAUGCUUGGAAAUGCGUGGGCUGUCUCUACUCAGAUUGAUAUACAAGUUGGAGAGGUGGCAAGAGGAAGCUCUAGAGAUAGGAAAAAUGCGCAUUUUAUGGAGUUGGGAAGUGUGUUUCCAGAGUCCAAUGAACAAUUUGAUUAUAAUGCUCGUCAACUUAUCACCGUAGAGAUUGCUGAUGACGGCAGACCCUGUCCUGUUUCCUUCAUUAAACUUGUAUUUCAUAAAAACUAUCAGAACAAGAAGAACCAGUAUAACCAGGUCGGUUUAACUGCGAUCAGUAUAAUUGGAACCCCGGCAGGAUCGGAUAAUACUGAAGGAGAGUUUAACCUGGAUCAGGUGCUCUCUCCCUAUGAUGAACUGAGUUUUCUGGUAUAUACGGAUACAGAGAUAACACAACUAAUUCUGAAAUUGGAGAAGCGAAAACUUGACGCUGCUGGAACAGAAAGAUUUGAAUAUGCGAAAAAGAUUAAAGAGGCAAUAGAUGAAUUGUGUUUGGCGUAA